GUUUUGCAGCUUUCCAUCGCGUCGUCUCCGAUGAUCACGUUGGGAGGGAUUUCCGUUUCACGACACACUCAUUGCACAAGAUGUUAGAAAACACGGACUUGUUGGGUUAACUAAGAUGGAGGGGAGUGCAGAUGGGUUUUAAAACUAUAGUACGUGUGUUUUAAAUCUGUUUAAACCAAGUAACCGACUCAACAAGAAAUCCUCUGAACAGCUGGAAUGACGUGUUAGGCAAAGCCAGUAUUGGAUUUUGUCCAUAGCGGGAUUGGCAGCAGUGGGAACAAUGGUGAAGUAUUUCUUCAGUCAGACUGAUAUCAAAAGCUCAUGGGAACAUGUCUUCUCUGCAUUCUGGCAGAGGUAUCCAAACCCUUUCAGCAAACACGUGCUCACAGAAGAUGUUGUCUUCCGCGAGGUGACGCCAGACAACACGCUCAUUUCAAGACGUCUCCUGACAAAGACCAAUCACUUGCCUCGCUGGGCAGAGAAGAUAUUUCCAUCUAAUUUGGCACGGUCUGUGUUUGUUAUCGAAGACUCUGUUGUGGACCUGAAGAAUAAAACUCUGACCACAUUUUCAUGGAACAUUAACCACACAAGACUUCUGGUUGUGGAAGAAAGGUGUGUUUAUAGUAUGAGCCAAGAAAAACAAGCCUGGUCCCUGGCCAAACGAGAAGCUUGGAUCUCGUCAGGGGUGUUUGGUUUCUCCAGGGCAAUUCAGGAGUUUGGACUGGCCAGGUUUAAAAGCAAUCAGAUCAAAGCCACGAGAGGACUGGAGUAUGCUCUGUCCACCUUGCACGGUGAUGGACCGUCCAGACCUCUGAAAGACAAGGAAGCGAUGGAAAAAACUAAAGAAACUGCACUAGCCACCUCCGAAAAGGCCAAAAACCUGGCCUCUGUAGCUUCUCCACAUAAAUCAAACCAGUUUGUGUAAAACUAUUAAUAGUUAUUAUUAUUGUGCUGGGUAUUGUGUGUUAUUAUAAUACAUUUCAGAAUGUAUGGAAGUCACUGCAGUGUACUGUACUACAGCAAAGCUUGCAGACUGAAGCUCCUUUUAAUUCUCAGGUACUAUAUGAAACCAUGAAUUGAACAAUGUUUUAAAUUUUUGCAAAGUAACUGCAUUCCUUUUAUAUUAAAAAUUCAAUAUUUAAAUGUUUGUCUGGAAGUAAUUGCACGGAAAACAAUGCAGUUACCAGCAUGAAUGAUUAUACGAAUGAAUAGCUGUUGCCUGCAAGCUUUUCAGAAGAGGAUAUUGUUUUUGUUGACGGGUUGACUGCUGUGAUCAAGCAAGCUGCACAGUUCAAUAAUGAAAAAGAAUGUACUGCUUAGAAGGACUACAUGGGAGUAACUGUACCGCGGUGUAUUACAGUCCUUUCAUGGUUUCAUCUCUGGUUUCCAGAUUCAGUUUUACAGUUGUGCUUCUCCUUUUUAUGUGACUUUUGUAGCACAGAAUUGUAGGGUCAGAUUUGUGGUGCAAGGUGUGGUUAAAUUAUUUUAACUGUAAAAACUUUAUAUUGCAAGGUCCUAUGUAGCUAAAUUUACUGCACUGAACACAAAAAGACGAAACUUGGAAGGAGGUCUUAUUUUCGUGCAUUGUACUGUACCUCUUAGAUUAUUUUUAAUAGAUGUUUUUUAUAAUGUAUUUGUCUAUUUCUUUUUGCCAGAAAGAAAACUUUAAAUAAAAUAACUGCAGUUUCAAUUUC